CACUGUCAAAAGUGUCAAAGUACUUCCCAAAAUUCUUCUGAGAAAGCUUUGUUGUUAAUAAUUAUAAAAUUUCUUGAUUUACUUUAUCAUAUCUGCUCGUUCUAUAGUGAGAUAUCAUGGCAUCACAUCUGAGCACUAAAGACAGGCUACUCGCAUUAAUUGAUGACAUCGAGUUAAUUUCCAAAGAAAUGAUAGAAGUGUCGAUCGCUCCGAAGCCUCAGAAGCUUUCUGCUGCAGACCAUGCGCAGCUUACAGAUCUGUUACUAUCCAAAGAUUCGGAAUUGAAGAAAACUUUGGGGUUAGCUGAUGAACAAGCUAAGAUUCAGCAGAAAAUGAACGACUUGAAAGCUGAAGUAGAGAAUAAGGAUCAAGACAUCUUCCACUUACAAAGGCAACUCAAGGAUGCUGAACAAAUCCUUGCAACGUCACUGUAUCAAGCUAGACAGAAACUUGCAUCAAUUGUUAAGUCUAGGAAACGGCCAGUACCUUCAGAAGAACUAAUAAAGUUUGCACACAGAAUCAGUGCUUCAAAUGCAGUGAGUGCACCUCUUUCGUGGCAGCCUGGGGACCCUCGUCGACCAUACCCCACAGACCUUGAGAUGAGGUUGGGAAUGCUUGGCCGGCUCUGUGAUCUACCACUCAAUGGUCACACACCGUCUACACUGAAUGAACUACAUAGAAUGACCACUGGGGGAGUACCAGCAUCAGCAACAAACCAGUUCACAUGGCACCCAACUGGCGAGUUACACAUGUCAGUGGGGGGCGGCAACUCAGUCGCCAUUGACGGCCGCGGCAAAGACGCGCCCAACCAGGAAGACGUUGAAGUAAUGUCCACCGACUCCAGUUCUAGUUCCAGUAGUGAUUCUCAAUGAAUAAGGAAGAAAAAGUGUUUGAGACCCAAUCAAACAUUUUAACCUGAAGGUUUAUGUUGAUAGACUGCUGUGUGAAAUGAACAGUGAAGAGAUUUUAUUGGACAUUGCAAUAACAGAUUAAAAAGACUGUUUUCUAUCUGUAAUGUUAUUUAUGUACUAUUAUUUAAGAGAUAAUUUUCUGAUAAAAAUAGCAUUAAACUGCAUUAUCUCAA